AUGUGGUACAAACCCAGUGGUACUUGCAAUAUUCGGAAACUACAAGAAACACAGUCCAGUGUUGAUGAGCUACUCAAACCAUAUCAAGAUCUAUUUCAUGGAAUUGGCAGAGCGACCCGCAAUGGAGAGGAGAUUCAGCUACAUUUACCAAUGGAUGAAGAGGCUGAACCAGUUGCACAAAAACCAAGACGAGUUGCAUACCACCUAAUGGAACCUCUCCAGAAACGACUCCAAGAAUUUGUGGAACAAGACAUCAUGGAGAAAGUUCCUGAUCAAGAACCUAUAACAUGGUGUUCUCCUAUGGUUGUACAACCUAAACCAAAGAAUUCCAAUGAUAUAUGCCUCAGCUUGGAUUUACAAACACUGAAUAAAUCCAUGUUACGAACUUGCCAAGUCCAAGCACCCAUUACAGAAGAUUUUAUUACAGCGUUUAAGGAUUGCCGCAUAUUCAGCAAGUUGGACCUCCCUGGACGAACAACCCUGGAAGAAUUGGGCAUGGUGAAGAUUGAUGAAACAGGACGACUUAAAGAACUGAACAAACCCAGUGGUACUUGCAAUAUUCCGAAACUACAAGAAACACAGUCCAGUGUUGACGAGCCACUCAAACCAUAUCAAGAUCUAUUUCAUGGAAUUGGCAGAGCGACCCGCAAUGGAGAGGAGAUUCAGCUACAUUUACCAAUGGAUGAAGAGGCUGAACCAGUUGCACAAAAACCAAGACGAGUUGCAUACCACCUAAUGGAACCUCUCCAGAAACAACUCCAAGAAUUUGUGGAACAAGACAUCAUGGAGAAAGUUCCUGAUCAAGAACCUAUAACAUGGUGUUCUCCUAUGGUUGUACAACCUAAACCAAAGAAUCCCAAUGAUAUACGCCUCAGCUUGGAUUUACGAACACUGAAUAAAUCCAUGUUACGAACUUGCCAUGUCCAAGCACCCAUUACAGAAGAUUUUAUUACAGUGUUUAAGGAUUGCCGCAUAUUCAGCAAGUUGGACCUCAACCAUGGCUACCACCAGUUUGUCAUCGAUCCCCAGUCCAGACAAGCCAUGGCAUUUUCAACGCCAUGGGGAAAUUACCGAUACAAACGUCUUGUGUUCGGGGGAGUCAACAGUCAAGACCUAUUCGAUAGCGAGAUGGCAAAGAUCCUAUCGGGUAUUCCCAGAACACUGAACAAUCAUGAUGAUAUUAUGAUUGGAGGUGUAGAUCUUGCUGACCACGACAAGAACCUGAAGAUAGUGCUGGGACGACUAAAGGACUGCAACCCUAUGUUAAGACAAGAGAAAUGUGAAUUCCGAAAGUCAACACUUGAAUUCCAUGGCCACUUAUUCACUGCAGAAGGAUUGAAGCCGAGUGCCAGCAAGGUCCAUGCUGUCAACGCCUUCCAGAAACUCAACACCAAAGAAGAAUUGUUAUCAUUUUUACAGAUGGUUGCAUACCUUUCUCAGUACAUUGAUCGAUUCUCAGGUAGAUGCGAGCCUCUAAGAAGACUGACCAAAGCCAACACCAAGUUCGAGUGGGGUCCAGAGCAACAAAGAGCAUUUGACAACCUGAAAACAGCGCUAACAACAGCACCAGUUCUCAUUCCAUAUCAACCAGGAAGAGAAACCUUAGUCAUUGUCGAUGGUAGUCCAAAGGGCGUCGGUGGAGCCUUACUCCAAAAGACAGCAGAUGGAUUUCAACCUGUCCAUUACGUCAGCCGAACACUGACCGAUACAGAGAAACGCUGUUCUCAAAUCGAAAGGGAGGCAUUAGCAGCUGGAUUUUCCACAACUCGACUGCAGAUGUACUUACUCGGAGCACCAAAAUUUAAGCUAGUGACUGACCACAAACCAUUACUUCCUCUUCUCAACAACCCCAAAGCGAAAAUUCCACCACAAAUUGAAAGAAUUAUAAUCAAGAUGCAGAACCUGGAUUUUGAAGCUAUCCACAUACCAGGAAAGAGCAACAUGACCGGCUAUUUACGCAGCGAUUCAAGCAGACCACGCCAUAGUCUGGUCGAAAAUCAAGAAAGCCACGGCAGAAGACAAGGAAUUGUGCGAACUGACCGAAACGAUUGA